AUGCAGGAGGAGGUGAAACAGCCAAGGCCUGAAAAACUUAUGCAAGAAGAGCAAGAGCAGAGGCCGGGAAAGGUUACGACCCAUGAAUUCUCCUCCGUGGGGUUUUUAGGAGAUAAGGUGUAUCCAUUGGGAGCAGUUACCUUUCCAGUGACUGCAGGAACCAGCCCAAAGCAGGUCACUUUUAUGGUUGAUUUUAUAGUGGUGGAUUGCCCUUCAGCGUAUAACAUUAUUCUUGGGAGGAUAGCCCUAAACUCUAUUAGAGCCAUUACUUCAACUUACCACCUUCUGAUACGUUUCCCAACAGUGCAUGGGGUGGGUGAGUUGAGGGGUGACCAAGCCACCGCUCGGGAAUGCUAUCUCACUUCUCUCAGAGAAAAGAUGUCCCAGGAAACUAUGAUAAUUGAAGAGUUAGAGGAUGUGUUCACUUGGACUCACGAGGACAUGCCCGGCAUAAGUCCGGCCAUAAUACAACAUCAUUUGAAUGUUCAUCCCAGCUUUAAACCCAUCAGACAGAAAAGAAGGACAUUCACCUCUGAAGAAAACCAGGCUAUACCGGAAGAGGUGGAGAAACUAUUGAGAGCUCACUUUAUUCAAAAGGUACAUUAUCCUGAUUGGUUGUCAAAUGUGGUCCUCGUAAAGAAAGCCAAUGGGAAGUGA